UUAAAGGUUCUUCCCGAUCCAGCCAGUUACUGAUGGAUGAUAAUUUCUCAAUUCAGGAAAUGUUGCUUGUUUGUUCUGCAGGAUAAAUAACGUGUAUAUGUGUCUGAAAACCAGAGAAAUCAUUUGGCUGCAGUAGAUGAAGGAAAUUAGAGACUGGGAACGGUUUAAUAAAGGUGUUUAUUUGUAUUUGGCAUAGAAAGAAGGAAACGUCUGUAAAAGACGUCAGACAAGACAAUCCACAAUUGACAUAAUAGUGAAUUUAGUUUACACCCACUUUAACUUUAGGUACAAAAACUCAGUAUGUUGUUAUUGAUUUUAACGGGACAGUACUUCCGGUACAGGAAGUGCCGUUAACCGUCGUUCUUUCUGACGGUACCUUAAUUUUGAACAAACAUGUUGCCAUAGUAUAGCAUGUGGUCAACACUGUAUCAGUAAAUCCGGUGCGGGUUAAAGCCUGAAUAUUAGCCGGAGUGUUAAUACUUUUUAAUUUGAGAUAAGAGGUUUAACCCCCGGGUUCUUCCUGCUUCGCACCAACGUAGACUUAACCAAAAAUGUAAUAAAGUCUUUUAAUCGGUUUAAAAAUACUCAGGUGAAGGUUUUGUCCUUUACCAUUAGCAAAAGGCGAAUAUAAGUCAGCGACAUAAGAUCAUAACGUGCAAAUAACACGUUCACAAACGUCAACGUCUUACUAUAAAAUAUUCCGAAUCAGAUCUAACCGUUAGCCGCUAUGCUGCUGCAGCAGCGGACCAGGGGGCGUGUCGUGAGCCCGCGGCUCGCUCGCGCAAGCCUCCUCUCCAGAAAAAGUAAACACGCCAUUCCGUCAAGAUGGCCUCGCUUCCCGUGAUCCGAGCUGCGCUGCUCGUCUCCUUCUCCGUCCUUGUGACAGUUAUCCUGGGCUUCGGGCUGCCGGCUCUGCUCAACGGGCUGAUGGCGCUGCUCGGAUUACCGGAAACCAACGCAACCGAGUGCAUCGUGGUGGUCUAUUUACUUUUUGUGGUGUAUAUUGCGACGCCCCGACUCCCCAGAGGACUGGUCGAGGUAAAAGGGAAAGCUGUGUUAAUUACGGGAUGUGACAGUGGAUUUGGAAACGCACUUGCCAAACAUUUGCACAAGCUGGGCUUCACCGUCUUUGCUGGAUGUCUUCUGAAGGAUAAAGGUGGAGAUGGUGCAAAAGAGCUGGAGGAGUUUCAGUCAGAUCGCAUGAAGGUCAUCCAGUUGGAUGUCUGCAGUGAGGAGCAGGUGAAACAGGUCGUAGAAUAUAUGAAAGAAACCCUGAAGGAGCCUGACAGAAGUCUGUGGGCUGUGGUGAACAAUGCUGGCUUGUCAACAUUUGGAGAAGUGGAGUUUACCUCCAUGGAAACCUACAAACAGGUGUCAGAGGUCAACCUGUGGGGUGUCAUCAGAGUUACCAAAGCUGUUCUGCCAUUAAUCCGCAGGUCCAAAGGCCGUGUGGUGAACGUGGCCAGCAUGUACGGGAGGAUGGGGAACGUCAUGCGCUCACCUUACUGCGUGUCCAAAUACGGCGUGGAGGCAUUUUCCGAUUGCCUUCGCUAUGAAAUGAAGGCCUGGGGGGUCAAAGUGUCCGUAAUUGAACCCGGAAACUUCAUUGUGGCCACCGGCCUUCUGACGCGCGACAUAGUGGCCUCCACUGCCAACAAGCUCUGGAACGAAGCCCCUUCGGAUGUGAAGGAGGACUACGGGAAGAGCCACUUCGAGCACAACAUGGCUCUGAUGCGCUCGUACUGCAACAGUGGACAGAAGGACGUGGCCGCCGUCCUGGAUGACAUCACUGAUGCCAUCAUGUCCAAGCGUCCGUACACGCGGUACAACCCCAUGGAGCCACACUGGUGGAUCAGAGUGCAGCUGAUGACUCACCUGCCGGGCGCCAUAUCUGACCUGCUGUACUUCUAAGAGGCCGUCGUUAGCUCCCGCUGUCUCCCCCUCAGAUCAGAUAGCAGCGUAUCGUUCAGAUGUAAACGAAUUGCUUAGAUCUACAGAGGAUCUUUGCUACUGUACCUAUUCCUCAGCACUUGAAAUCAUUCACUUACCAAGCCUUAAAACUGUUUUGUUUUUUUAAUGGAAGUAAAUUAUUGCACUUUGCUUUUUGUAUGUCUGACAAAAAACAUAACUUUAUCUAUACAGAUAUUCAUUGAUGAGUAGUAACUACUUUCAGCAGGGCUAUGACACUUUUAGCUGUAAACGCUACACACCUCUUUUGCUUGCUGUGGUAUUAUCUUCAGUUUGCGUACUCUCACUUUUGUAAAGAUUUACUAAUGUGUGUAUUCUUUUGCCGUAUGGGAAUCUUCUGGGGCCCCAUUGGCAUGAUCACCAAAGCUGGUAGAGCUGGAGAAGGCUCCUACUGUUCUGUUGUGGCUGUCACCGGAACAAACCAGGGUCAGCUACUGUAAGACUGUAGAGAGGUUUGGCUCAACUGGCCCCAAAGUUGCAUAACUAAACAAGCCCACUUUGUCUCACAGGCUCCACGAGCCCCUGCGUUCUGCCUCCGCCGGGGGCUGGAUUGAUAAAUGAGCAGAAAGGUUGUUCAUCCCUCCUUGAAGUAUUUUGUAUAUAGAAUGAUGUCAAUGAAUAGAGCAUUUUAUUUUGACAGUAUUACAAUCAGUCAUUUUUUUCCAACAGUAAUUUCAAAUAAAGGGAAUAUAGAUCAUG